AUGAAUGUGUCUGCCUACCUACCUACCUGUCUGCCUACCUACCUACCUACCUGUCUGCCUACCUACCUACCUACCUACCUACCUACCUACCUACCUAUCUGUCUGUCUGAAGAAAAUAAUGGUAUUGGGAUUAUUGGAAUUGGGUUUAGAUUACCAGGUGGUGGUAGUGGCAAGAGUUUAGGUAAUCCAAGUGAACUUUGGAAAGAAUUAGUUAAUGGUUAUGAUGGUAUUAUUGAAACUAAUGAAAGAUGGAGUGAUAAUUUCAACAAAUUGGGCGAGAUUAAUAAUAGAUAUGGUGGUUUAUUACCAAUGGAUGAAGUUAAAUCAUUCGAUCCUUUAUUCUUUGGUAUAAGUCCACCAGAGGCAACUGCAAUAGAUCCACAACAACGUUUACUUUUAAAAUGUACAUGGGAAGCCAUUGAAGAUGCAAUGAUUGAUCCAAUUAAUUUACGCGGUUCAAAUACCUCUGUUUUCAUUGGGAAUACAACUCACGAAUAUAGAGAUUUAAAUAGAACUAUCGAUUCAAUUCAAACCAACAUAUUUUCAUCAUCAUCACAUUCAUCAUCAAAUCGUGUCUCAAACAUUUUUGAUUUUCAUGGUCCAUCAAUAACAAUAGAUACAGCUUGUUCGUCAUCAUCAAAUGCUGUGGUUUUAGGUUGUAAAUCUAUCAUUGAAGGAAACUCUAAAAUGUCAAUUGUUGGUGGUACAAGUUUAAUUUUUGAUGCAAAUACCCCAAAAUCAUUUUCAUAUAUGAAUAUGUUAAGUAAAGACGGAAGAUGUAAAAGUUUUGAUGCAAAUGCAGAUGGUUAUGUAAAAAGUGAAUGUAUUGGGGUAUUAUUAUUAAAAGAUUUAAACCAAGCAAUUAUUGAUGGUGAUAGAGUUUAUUGUGUUAUUAAAGGUACAAGUUCAAAUGUUGAUGGUAAUGGAUAUAGUGAUAAAUCAAAUUUCUAUUCACCAUCAGCACAAUCACAAGCUGAAAAUAUUAAAAUGGCAUUAUCAUCUGGUAAUAUCAAUGCAAAAGAUGUAGACUAUGUUGAAGCACAUGGUACAGGUACUCCAGUUGGUGAUCCAAUUGAAGUAGAAGGUAUUUCAAGUAUUUUCAAAGACAAUCAUUCAAAAGAAAAUCCAUUAUUAAUAGGUUCGUUUAAAUCAAUGAUUGGUCAUUGUGAAGCAUCUUCUGGUAUUGCAUCAUUGGUUAAAUGCUGUUUAAUGUUUAAAAAUAGAUACUUUAUACCAAAUUUACAUUUUAAAACACCAAAUCCAUUAAUAAAAUUUAAUGAAUGGAAUUUAAAAGUAGUGGUAGAACCAACUCCAUUCCCAAAAAAAGAAAUUACCAUGGCUGUUAAUAAUUUUGGAGUUACAGGUUCAAACGUUUGUAUUAUUUUAAAAGAUUUCAAUUAUAAUCAUAAUAGUAGCAGUGAUAAUAAUAAUACAAUAAAUUUAAAACAACAACAACAUCAGAACAAUAUUGAAUAUUUAAUUCCAUUUUCAGCAAAUUCAACUAAAUCAUUAGAACAAUAUCAAUCUUUAAUUUCAAAUUUUAAUCAAGAAACUAUGGAGUUUAAUGAUUUUGUAAAGGAACAAAUAAUGAGUAAAUCAAAUUCAUUAUACCAACGUUCAGUUAUUUUAGGUUCAAAUUGGAAUGAUUUUAAAGAUAAUUUAAUAUCAACUAAUAAUAAUAUUAAAACAAUCAAAACAACAUCAUCAAACAUUUCAAUAAAAUCAAAGAAUCCAAUUAUUAUUAUGGUAUUUUGUGGUCAAGGUUCACAAUAUAAUACAAUGGCAUUGGAAUUAUAUAAAAAUGAACCAAUAUUUAGAAAAACUAUGGAUAUGUUGGAUAAUAAAUUAUCAAAAUAUUAUGGUUUCUCGAUAUUAGAGAAAUUAAGAUCCAUUCCGGUAGAUGAUAUGAAAUCAAUUCAUAAUCCAGCAUUAGCACAACCUGCAAUUUGUAUGGUACAAAUUUCACUAUUCGAAUUAUAUAAACACUGGGGUAUUAAACCAACAUUUAUAGUUGGUCAUAGUCUUGGUGAAGUUACUGCCGCUUAUUGUUCAGGUAUGAUUGAUUUAGAAACUGAAUGUUAUUUAAUUUAUCAUAGAUCAAUAGCCCAGAGUACAACAACAGGUUGUGGUAGAAUGUUAUCAAUUAAUAUUUCACCUGAAAAGUUUAUUGAACAAUUUUCAUCAAGAUAUCCUGAUGUAGAAAUUUCAUGUUAUAAUUCACCAACAUCAAUUGUAAUUGGAGGAAAAGAGGAUCAACUAAAUAAAAUUUCAGAAGAAUUAAAAAGUAAAGGUGAAUUUACAUCAAUGUUAGGUUCAUUAUCAUCUUUCCAUACAUCAAGUCAAAAAGCAAUUAAAGAAUAUAUCCUUUCAUUGGACUAUAAAUCCAAAGAAUCGGAAAUACCAAUAUUUUCUACAGUAACAACAAAUUUAUUUGAUUAUAAAACUACUCCAUAUUCACCAAAAUAUACUUAUGAAAAUAUUUUAAAAUCAGUGAACUUUACUCAAACAAUUGAAAAUCUAUACAAACAUAUAGAAAAUAAUCAACUGGGAACUGAUAUUGUUUUUAUUGAAUUGGCUCCUCAUCCAACUUUACAAUUUUAUUUAAAACAAAUGAUACCAAAAGAUUCAAGUUACUUUGGAAAAGGUGAUAGUAUUUCAAUUUAUUCACCACUUCACAAGAAAAAGAAUGAUGUUAAAGAGAUAAGACAAACCAUUUCUCAAUUAUAUUGUCAGAAUGGGUAUAAUAUAAACUUUAAAUGUCAAUUUGAAAAUAUAAAUAGAUCAAUAGUACCAACUCAUAAAUUACCACUAUACCAAUGGGAUGAAAAACAAUUUUGGAAAAUUAAUUCACUCUAUGAGAAUUAUUAUUUAACAGGUCCACCAAUUGAUAUAUUAGGUAAUUCAAUUACUGAUUCACCAUUUGUAAAAUCUUAUCAAACAUUUAUAAACAUAAAGAGAAAACCAUUCCAAUAUCUAAAAGGUCAUGUUGUAAAAGGGAAAUUCUAUUUCCCAGGUUGUGGUUAUAUUGAUAAUUUAUUAAAAAUUUAUCCAUCACAAGAUAUAACUAUUAGUACAUUGGAAUUUAGUACUCCAUUUAUUUUUACAGAUGAUUCAGUAAAUCAUUGUUUACAAACAAACAUUUAUCCAACUGGAAAAACAGAAUAUAAAGUAUUAUUCCAUUUUAAAGAUCAAAAAAAGAAUGAAUGGAUUCAAUCAUCGUUUGGUAAUUUUCAAUUAUUUAAACACAAUGGUGAAAAGUCUUUAAAAAUAUUCAAUCAAAAAUACAAUAUUAAAGAUUUGAUUGAAAAACGUUGCAAUUUAACCAAAUUGACAAAAGAAGAUUUAUAUGACCACAUAAAGUUAAAAACUGGUUUAACAUAUAGUGGAAUGUUUCAAGCUGUAUCGAUGUGUUAUUUAGGUGAUAAUUGUUCAUUAUCAGUGGUUUCAUUAGAACUUCCAAAACAUUUACCAGAUCAAAAGUCAUUUUUCAACUCUUCAAUUUUAGAUUGUUGUUUACAUGGUAUGAUUGGUUUAGUUGAUGAACAUUGUCAAUUGGUUUUCGAUAGAAUUGAAGGUUUUAAUCUAUAUUCAUCAAAUAUACCAUCAGCAAGGGAUCAACAUACAAACGUAUAUGUUUAUUCAUCAUUAAAUGCAAAAAUGGGUGAUUCUUACUUUGCAUCUAUUGUAGUAAUGUUAGAAGAUGGUACUGUAUUAAUUGAAAUCGAUAAUGCAGCAUGUACUUCAUUAACACCAAUUCAAGAUUCAUUAAAAAUUGAAGCACCAACAAAUGAAUUAUAUUCCACCUACCUUCAAUCAAAGGAUUCAUUAAUUUUACCACCACAAACAUUCGAAUCACUUUACCAACAAGAAAAAGGACAAAAUGAUAUUUUAGUAGGUACAAUUAUUAAGCAAUCACUUGUACCAUUUGUAAAUGAAAAAAUGGUAUUUAGAAUAUUAGAUUUUUCAAGCGGUUUUGCAGAUUACAAUGGAACCACAUUUCAUUCAUCAAAUAAUGUUUUAGAGAAAUUUAAUCAAUUAUUAAAAGAGUUUCCAUUGUGUGAAAUUGAUAUUGAAUAUACUUUUGGUAGUGUCCCACAAUCAUUAACCUCAUCAAUCAAGGAUAAACUAUCACACAUCAAUGAACGUGUUAGCAUACUUUAUAGAGAUUAUAGCAUUAAUGAUCCUUUGUUACUCGAAGAUAAUCAAUUAAAACCUUCACAAUAUGAUAUUGUAUUAAUAAAUGAUUUAGAAAAGGAAACAAAUGAUAUUAAGGCUACACUUUAUAUGAUUUAUAAUUUAAUGGUACCAAAUGGUCAAUUAAUAUUAAUAAAUAAUGAUGGAAAUAACUUAAUUGAAAUAAAAGAGUUAUUAGAUCAAUGUAAUUUUAAAGAUACAAUCAUUUCAAAUGAUAAAAAAUCAAUCAUUCAAACAAGAAAACCACAAUUACUAUCAGAAUUAUCACCAAAUCCAAAUAUAGACUCUUAUGAUCAAAUUAUAAUUUAUAGUAAUGAUGACAGUGAAAUUUGUAAUAAAUUUUUAAAAUCACUAGAAUCAACUGAUGACAAGAUAUUAAGUAUAAUAUCAACAAUCAGUAAAUUUAAUGAAUUUGUAGAAAAACAAUCAAUAACCGAUAAAUCUGUGAUUUAUUUUAUAAAAACAAUGGAACAAUUAACAUUGGAUAAUUUUAAAUCAAUUACAUUUGAAUACAUAGAAAUUAAUAGAAAACUAUUAAAACUUAAUUCAAUGUGCAAACAUGUAUUGAUAACAUCAGAUUCAAGAAAAGAUAAUUAUUUAGCAUCAUCAGUUAUAGGUGCUGCAAGAUAUUUCGAUGAAUUUCAACAACUACAACUAUUCACAUUAGAUUUCGAUAAAGAAUCAAUUAUUGAAUACACUCAUAAUAAUAAUGAAAAGAAUUUAGUAUCAUUGAUUGAAUUAUUAACAGAUAAGAAAAUAUCUAUUCAAAAAGAAUAUUUAAUUAGAAAUGGUAAAGUUUAUUUUGAAAGAAUAAAGAAAGAACAAAAUCUUAGAAAAAAAUUCAAAUCUGAAUCAUAUCAAGAUUUAGUUGAAAAUGAUUUAGUAGCAGUUUUAUCACCAAAUUUAGAAUAUGAAUUAAAACCAAUGACAAAAGAUUUAGAACCAUUUGAAGUCCAAGUUGAAAUUAAAUCAUUUGCAUUAAAUUAUAAAGAUUAUCUUACAUACAUUGGAAGUGUGCCACCUGAAAUGGUCAAUCAUAAAACGGGUGAUAUUAAUGACCCAGAAUUUGGUAGUGACUUUUCUGGUGUCAUUACAAGAGUAUCCAAAAACAAUUGUAGUGAAUUUAAAGUUGGUGACCAAGUUUAUGGUACUGCAUAUAACACUGCAUCAUCCAAAUCUAUUAUAGAUUCAGGUUCAAUUUAUUUUAAACCAAAUAACUUAAGUCAUGAACAAGCAUCAACAAUACCAGUAGUUUAUUCAACAUCUCUUCAUAGUAUUUACAAUAUUGGUAAUUUAAAAAAUUAUGAAUCAAUUUUAAUUCAUUCAGCAUCCGGUGGUGUUGGUUUAUCUUCAUUAAAUAUUUUAAAAUGGAAAGGUCAUUGUUCUUAUAUUUUCCUUACAGUUGGAUCACCAGAGAAAGAGAAAUAUCUACGUGACACCUAUGGAUCUUUAAUUACAGGUAUUUAUUCAACAAGAGAUAAGAGUUAUGUUCAAAAAAUAAAAGAUAAACUUAAAGAAUUAGGCUCGGAUAAAACAGGUGUAGAUUUAAUAUUAAAUACAUUAUCAAGUGAUUAUAUGGAUUCAAAUUUCAAUUGUCUUUCAAAAAGUGGUAGAAUUGUAGAUUUAUCAAUCACUCAUUUGAAUUCAAAUGAGUAUAUUGAUAAUAAGAAAUUUAAAUUCAACUAUGGUUAUCAUAAUGUAGAAUUACUUUUUAUAGCUGCACCAAUUUUAAAGAAAUUAUUAAAAUCAAUAUCAAAAGCAAUUGAAAAUAAUGAAUUAAUUAAUAAUUUACCAAUAACUCAAUAUUCAAAUGUUAAUAUUAAAAAUGCAUUUGAAUAUAUUAAUCAACGUAAACAUAUUGGUAAAAUUGUUGUUAAUCAUGAUACAGAUUUAGUGGGUAAUUUAAUAAAGGAGAAAAUCAAUUCAACUUCCAAUUUAGAUUUUACAUUAUUAAAAUCAAAUUAUCAAAUCAAUAUAAAUAAUUUAGGAAAGAAUAUAAUAGUUACUGGUCAAUCUGGUAUAGUUUUUGAAAUUAUAAAAUGGAUAGUUAAAUUUGCGCCAUUAGUUGAAAAUAUAAUUAUCCUUUCAAAAUCAUCAAUGAAAUGGCAGUUAGAACUAUUAGUAAAUAGAAAUAAACAUAUAAAAUUUCAUUUCAAGAGCGUUGAUGUUGGUGAUAUAAACUCGAUGGGAAAAGCAAUCGAUGAAGUUUCAAAUGAUAUUGAUAACAUUGAUUCAAUAUUCCACUAUGCAUUCCAUCAAAUAACAAAGAAUGUAGAAGCUAUCAAUAUGGAUACUCUGGAUAUUUCAUUUGGCGCAAAAACAAUUGGUGCAAUCAUUUUACACGAUCAAUCAAUUAAAAGGGGAUGGAAAUUAAAAAACUUUAUAAUUGCAUCAUCAGUUACCUCAUCAUUAGGUUCUGAAAGCCAAUGUAGUUAUGUUUGUGCAAAUAAUGUUUUAGAAUCAUUCUCACAGUAUAGAAAAUCACUUGGCUUACCAUCAAUUUGCACAAGUUAUGGUUUAAUAAAAUCAACUGGAUUUGUAUCAAGAAAUGAAAAUGUUUCAGUAAUGUUUGAAAAUUUAGGAUUCAAUCCACUUUCAAUCAAUACAAUUUUAGGUUCAUUAGAUUUACAAAUCCAAAAUCAAGAACUAUCAACAAAUUUAAUAGUUUCAAGUUUUAAUUUCUCAAAUAUAACAAAAUAUAAUCCACAAAAAAAUAAUUUUUCAAAGAUUGAUUAUCAAGUUUCUUUAGAAGAAAAGAAUAAAGUUAAUCAAUUGGGUCAUGAUGGUAAUCAGGAUAAUAAAAACUCUGUAAAUCAAAUGUUUUUAGAGAAAGUUUCAGAGGUAUUAUCAAUUGAAAUAUCAAAGAUUAAUAUCGAUAUUAAACUUUCUGCAUAUGGUGCUGAUUCUUUAUCAAUCGUUCAAUUAAAAAAUUGGGUAGAUAAAGAAUUAUCAGGUAAUAUUAUUACAAUUCAACAACUUCAAACAAAUACAAUUUCAUCAUCAAUUAAAAUUAUAACAAAUUCAUUAGAUAAAAAGAAAGAAGGUAAAAAUAAAAGUAGUACAGUGGUUAAUAAUACCAAUGAAAUAACAACAACAACAAAAACAUUUGAAUAUUGGAAGAAUGAAGCAAAAUUAGAUGAAACAAUAAUUGCAUCAUCAAUUAAAUCAGAUUUAAUUAUUGAUAAUAAAAUGGAUAAAGUUAUAUUAUUAAGUGGUUCAACUGGAUUUUUAGGAGGUUAUCUUUUAUUGAAUUUAGUAAAAAUGAAAAACUGUUCAAAAAUUUAUUGUUUAACAAGAUCAGGUCAUUUAUCUGACCAAAUCGAUUUAAUGAAUAAAAUAAUUGACAAUUUAAAACACCAUAAAUUAUUUGAAAUGUUUGAACAAUCAGAAUUGGAAAAGAUUUUCCCAGUCCGUGGAGAUUUAAGAAAGAGUAAACUUGGAUUAUCUGAUAAAAUGUAUUUAGAAAUUUCAAAUCAAGUAAAUUUAAUUUUAAGUUGUGGUGCUGAUAUUAAUUUAAAUGCAAAUUAUGAUGAAAUUAAACCAACCAAUGUAGACUCAACUAAAGAGUUUAUAAAGCUAUCAGUUUCGAAAGGUACAAAUAAACCAAUGAUACCAAUUGUAAAUUUAUCUUCAUUUUCAAUUUUCUUUGGUCAAAAAUUAAAUGAUGAAAUCGAAUUUGAUGAAUACCAAGUUGGAAUACCUUCAUUAAGUAAUUUAAAUAAUUUACCAGGUGGCUAUAUUCAAAGUAAACUUAUCUGUGAACAUUUACUAUUAGAAGCAUCAUCAAGAGGUAUUCCAGCAAUGACAAUUAGAUUACCAUCAAUAUUUUCAAAUCCACAUACUGGUAUUGGUCAUAGUGGAGAUUUGCUUCAAUUAAUAAUUAAAUCCAUUAGUGUUACUAAAUAUUUCCCAAUUGAACCAACUUCAUUAUUUAUUAGUCCAGUAACAUGGGUAGCACAAAAUAUUAUUAAUUUAAUCUUUAAUGAAGGUUGUUGGUCAAAAACAAAAAUAAAUACUUUAAAUAUUAUUUCAUUAAAUGGUGAAUUGCAAACAACAAAUGAAAUAUUUCUAAUGAUAAAAAAAAAUUUUAAUUACAAAGAAACCACUUUAAUAAAUUGGAAAAAAAUGAUUUCAGAAUCAAAUGAUAAAACUUGUAUCAGAUUAAGAACUUUUCAUCCUUUAGAUUUUACUCCCACAAAAUAUCACAUGUCUAAAGAAUUUAAAAUUUCAAAAAAUACAAAAUCACUUUUAAUUUCUUUUGGUUCUUAUGAUGGUUGGAAUAUUACUGAACAAAUGGUAUUAAAUUUAUUAAAACAAUAG